UUACAAAGUAUCAAUGAUAUUUAUAAUUUACUUUAGGAGUCUACAAUACCAACUUAUCAGAAUAUGUGGAAAGCUAUGAUAAGCGAUGAGAAUAAUCUGGUAGUCAAUAACGACGCUGGUAAAGAACUGGUGAAUAAACGGAAUGGACUUUACGCUUUUAUGAUGGAAUCUGCUACAAUUGAAUACGUUACUGAAAGGGAGUGUAGCUUAGCACAAAUUGGAGGUCUUCUUGAUAACAAAGGUUACGGAAUUGCUACUAAGAAAGGCAACAGAGAAUUGUCAGAUUGGCUGUCUUCAGGCAUUUUGAGACUUCAAGAGAAAGGUGAUCUUCAAAUUUUGAAAGAACGUUGGUGGAAGCAGAAAGGAGGUGGUAAAUGUUCUGACCCAUCUAAGCAGGGUUCAAGUGCUGUUAGGGAGCUUACAUUAGGGAAUGUUGGUGGAGUUUUCGUGGUUUUGAUAUUUGGUUUAGGAGCUGCGACGUUGAUUGCUUUUCUCGAAUUCCGAUGGAGAUCUGCUCAUUGGGAAAAUCCAAAUAAGGAAUCAUUUUGGACUCGCACUAAGAAAGAGAUAAAAUUUGCUCUUUCAUUCGAUAGAACUACAAAACCAGUGCCAAGAUUGAGAAAAAGUACAUCCCGCGGAACUUCAACCAAAGACAACAGCCGUGCUUCAAGUCGUGGAACAAGUCGCAGCACAUCCUGAGUCUCUUGGAAUAAACAAAUCUCAUCUGUAUAUAAUUUCAGAGAUUUUGUGAUACACUUUAGAAAUUUUACAAAAGAAAUUUCGUACUGUUUGUAAAAUAUGUAAUUCAAAUAAAUAAAUAAAAUUGAAAAAA